GUUUGUUUACCUUUUACAUCCGCGACUAUCGGAAAGGCGGAAGUCCUGUCGCAAAAAGCCGUCGAUUGUCGUAAAAUGUGUUUUCCGGCACAUUUUCACAGUGUCUGCUACAAGCUAGGUUGUUUUUCAUCCGUGACAUGGCCUCAGCUCCAGCACAGCAGCCCACCCUCACUGUUGAGCAGACCAGAGUGGUACUGAGUGAGGUGAUCCAGGCCUUCUCUGUGCCAGAAAAUGCUGCGAGGAUGGAGGAAGCUCGAGAAAGUGCCUGUAACGACAUGGGGAAGAUGCUGCAGCUUGUGCUCCCCGUGGCCACCCAGAUUCAACAAGAGGUUAUCAAAGCCUACGGCUUCAACAACGAAGGAGAGGGUGUCCUAAAGUUUGCCAGAUUGGUGAAGAUGUACGAAACCCAGGACCCUGAAAUUGCAGCCAUGUCAGUUAAACUGAAGUCUCUCCUCCUGCCGCCGCUGUCAACGCCACCUAUAGGAGGCGCCAUUCCAGCUUCAUAGGAAUUAUUUACAUUCAGCUGCAAGGUUACUCUCAUCUAAUGCUUUUGGAUCAACAUAAACUUACUGUAAUUCCAACAUUUUCUCUAUCAUCCACUUUUGAGAAAUAAUGGAAAAACUCAAACUCCACUAAUACGUUCCAACAAAGAUGGAAUUCAUACUUUAUCUAAAUUAUGGAUUCAUUGAAAGCAUCCUUGCAAAAACAUGUUAAAUUAUUGCUUUUAAAUGUUUCAGUAUUUAUUUGUUACAUUUUGACCAUUUUUUAUGUCUUUGAACCUUGAAUAUUUCCUUUAAUGCCAUCUUUUUUUCUUAAUCAUUUUAAACAUUUUAUAUGCUGUCAGAUGUAUCAAAUGUUGUUCUUUUGUUAUAUAUGAAAAUUAAAAAAAGAUUUUCUGUGAA